AAAUCACAUAAUUAUAAUUAUAACAUAAAUUUCAAGACCUCAUUUUCUUCUAUAUUCAAGGUCAGUUAUUUUUUUGUUAUCAUUAUAUAUAUUUAUACGUAUAAAUCCAUUUAUAGUGAUGAUGAUGAUGAUGAAAAUGAAUUAAUUAAUUUACUAUAUUAAUAUGUAUGAUAUUAAGCAGCCUUUGUACGGAGCAUUAGUGGAAAAAGGUGCAAAUAAUAUAAUGAUCCGAAUAGAACAUGUAAUGAAAAACACUUCAAUCAAAAUAUUGGAUGCCUUUGUUGAUUCCAUGUUUGAGAUUAUUGAUCAACCAUUGCUCCCAUCUCAGAAAAACUUUGAGCCGGUUGAGGAUGAGUUAGGGGAGGCUGUUGUUAUCACUACCAUCCAAGGGAACAUUCCCAAUAAUUUUCCACAGGGUGUAUACAUAAGAAAUGGACCAAACCCACUUCAUGGAGGACUUAAAUCAACAAAGUCAAUAUUUGGAAAGUCAAAUCACAUAUGGGUAGAAGGAGAAGGAAUGCUUCAUGCUCUCUAUUUUACCAAAGUAUUAAAAUUAGAUGAUGAAUACUAUUGGAGUGUCAACUACAACAAUAGACAUGUUAAAACCGAAACUUUCACUCUCGAAAAACUAAGGAACAAACCCUCUUUUCUUCCCGCCAUAGGGGGCGAUUCCUUAGCUGUUUUAUCCGCUUAUCUCCUCAAUUUGAUGAGAUUUGGGAAAGUAAACAAAUACAUAAGCAACACCAAUGUGUUUGAACAUUGUGGAAAGGUAUAUUCCAUUGCAGAAAAUCACAUGCCUCAAGAGAUUGACAUUUUCACAUUACAAACAUUAGCCCAUUGGCAUCUUUCUCCAACUUGGAAUAGACCUUUCACUAGCCAUCCAAAGAGAGUUGCAUGCAGUGGGGAAUUGGUUACAAUUGGAAUUGCCCCAACUAAGCCUUACGUUGAAAUAGGAGUAAUUUCGGCUGAUGGAAAGAAACUAAUUCAUAGAGCAGAUCUUAAACUCAAACGAUGCCCAAUUUGCCAUGACAUUGGCAUCACAAAGAGGUACAAUUUGAUUAUGGAUAUUCCACUUACAAUAGACAUAAUGAGACUAGUCCGAGGAGGCCCAUUAAUUAAGUAUGAUAAAGAUGAAUAUGCAAGAAUUGGAGUUAUGCCUCGAUAUGGUGAUGCAGAUUCAAUCAAAUGGUUUGAGGUUGAACCAAACUGCACAAUGCACUUUUUUAAUUGUUUUGAAGAUGGAGAUGACGAGAUUGUAGUGUGGGGUUGUAGGGCUCUUGACUCAAUCAUAUCAAGCACACAAGAACAAAUUGACACCCCAACUACAAAUGCUAAUAAUUCAUACCAUGAUUCUCCCUACGAAUGGCGAUUAAACAUGAAAAAUGGUAUAAUUAAAGAGAAAAAACUCACUCUUGACUCUGAAUAUUCCAUGGAUUAUCCCACCAUCAAUGAAAAUUACAUUGGUCUCAAAAAUAAAUUCGGAUAUGCCCAAGUGGUCGAUCCAAUAUCCGCUACUACCUCAAAUAACUUGCUCAAAUAUUGUGGUAUUGCAAAAUUACAUUUUGAAGAUGGUGAAUCUAAAGAAAUGGUAAAAAUAGAAUACCAUAUGUUUGAGAAGAACACAUUUUGUAGUGGAGCUACUUUUGUUUCUAAUGAUAAAAAGGAAUGUGUUGAUGAAGAUGAUGGUUGGAUUAUCACAUUUGUUCACAAUGAAGAUACCAACAUUUCUCAGGUACUUCUGAUUGACUCAAAGAAUUUUUCUAGUGAACCAGUCGCCAAAAUUACUUUGCCUUACAGAGUUCCCUAUGGAUUUCAUGGAACUUUUGUAUCAAUGUAGUAUAUUUAUCUAUGAAAAAUGACUGAAACACACUCUGAUUAUACACACUUCAUACACACAAUGAUGUGUAAUUAAUUUUAACCAUAAAGUGAUAUAGUCUCACUUAAAAAUAUAAAUAACUAAUAUUUAUUACAUAUCAUUGUAUGUAAUAAGCGUGUACAAUUUGAAUA